AGUAAUAACGAUCGUAAUCAAAGCUUAAAGUAUAUUUGAUGACUGUUGCGGUGAAAUUUUAAUCCGUUUUCUGCGGUCUUUCUUUUAGCAUAUACGUUAGUAUCAAAGUUAGAGUUGACAACUCUCUUUCAACAAUUUUAAGAGAAGUUCUUAAACUUGUCACAGUAGAAUCUUCUAGGAUAACAAAAAGUAUUAAAUGGUUCCUCAUUUUCAACAAUUAGUUUAUUUAAAUCAUUUAUCCUUUUCUAUAGUAUUUUUAUAAUAUCGCGUUUCACCGUGAUUUUAUUAAUUAAAAUUUGACGACAUUAUUACCGAGCUAAGGAAUUUAUCUAACACUUGUAUCCUUAAUGUUUGUAAUCGGUAAGGUGAUCAAGAGAUGAAUAUCAUUUUUGUUCUCGUAUUUGCUGGGGUAUGCGCGGCUGCGCCACAAUUCUUUGCUCAAUCAGGAACGAUCUAUGCACAUCCAGCCGUACUGUUGAAUUCAGCAAUGGAAAAUACUUUACCGUAUCACCUAAAAAACGAUUUUUAUAAAAAUCCACGAAUCGCUUCUGGGCUUGCGAAAGAAUCGUGGUUCACUGAUAAAGAAAUGCAGGUAAUCGAUCGCGACACGGACAAAAUACCGCGGGAAAAAAUAUUCGACGUUUUGCAUAACGCUGGUCUUGCUCAUAAAUAAUAAUCUCAAAUAUAUCUUAUCGAAAUUUUUUUAUUGCCAUAAUACAAUGAAUAUAACAAGUUCAUAUCGUAAAAUAAGACGGUACGCAAAAAACUCGUUGCAUGAACGAAUUAACAUGUGGUAUCUAUCAUUUCUAAUGUGUAUAAGAUGUAUUUAUUUAGAUAUCUUCCUUUUUUUUUAUAGAUUUUUGUUUAUAGUGUAUCUCGUGUAUGUAGUUAAUUAGUAAAUUAUAUACAGCAUCGUAAUUAUGUAUAUUUUUAUAUAAAUGUUAGAAUUUAUUAAACAAAUAUAACGUUCCUGCAAGGGCUGUGAACAAGAAAGACAUUAAUUAUAAAUCUAAUGUUUUAUUAUGAUCUUUUAUAAAUAAUUAUCGAGUAAAAACUGAAUCUUCCUUUACUUAAUAUUUAUCGUAAUUGUUAUAAUGCUAAUUUAUUAUCAGGAUAAUGUGUUUAUAAAAAUAUAAAAAU